CACUCACUCAUAAAUUCAUUGUCAAAAAUGGCUUGAUUGAAAGUUGAAGUGCUGUGGCAUCAUGUGAUAAAAUUUUGCUGAAAUUGUUAUAAUUUCGCGAAAUUAUAUUCCAUUCCACUAACGCUGUGUUAUGUAUUAACAAGAAGAGUAAUGAUCGCUGUUGGGAGAAUUUACAACUUAAUUAACGUUGAAUCCGACGAUUUUAUUUGACGUUAGUUUCCACGUGGUGAGGUGUACAAGAGAACGUCAUUUUCGGUCGACGUGUUAAGACCUCGCCGUAUUUAAAGUUCUCGACCGCAUUUUCUAUCAAAAUGGAGUCCUUGAACAUGUCGAAGCUCAAUCUGUCGAAUGUAAGGAGCCACACGUCCCCGGAAAACGUCGCAAGAGCUGAACCAUCCGAGCCUCGAAUGGAACUGAGCAUAGCCGUGACAGAUCCAGAUUACGAAUACCACUGUGAAUACAGCGAGGAGAUUUGGAAUAGUCUGCUGGAGCAGGAGGGGGAAAAGCCAAUAAUACAUCUCCAGUCACCUCAGUUGGAGUUCCGCGGCACCCUGGUCCAGCAACUGCGUGACGUCACCAAGAAGCUGUCGCUCAACAUCGCCACACUGCACUCGGCCGUCGCCCAGUUGGACCUCUUCAUGGACGCUCACAGGCUACGCUCAGAUAGAUUGACUCAUGUCGCGUUGGCUUGCCUCAGUUUGGCUGCUAAAAGCGAGGAGAAGUUCAGCCGAGCGCCAACACUCAAGACCUUGGCAAAGAUCAGCGGCGUGCAGCUUUGUGGCAAAACAUUCAGGCAGUUGGAGUGGAUGGUCGGCCAGCAUGUGCGAUGGAGGCUGCUAGCACCAACUCCGGCGACGUACGCGGCGCUGCUAUCGCAGUACGUGGUCACAGACUCCGACCUCACCAGCCGACACCCCAAGUUCGUGCGCAGGUUCAAGCGGGACGGCGCUAAGCUGCUCGAGGCCUACUUGGACCUCACUCUGUCUGACGUGCGACUGAAGGCGGUGGAGUCCGUGGACGUGGGAUGCGCGUGCGUGGCGUGCGCGCGCGCGGCGCUGGGCGCGCGCGCGUGGCCGCGCUGGCUCGCCGUGCGCGCGCGCCGCGCCGCCGCCGCCGUGCUGCCCGUCUGCCGACUGCUGCAGAGAAUGAUGCAAACGCUGAAAGCUAAAGACAACCCGGAUUCUGAAGCGGAUCAGGGUUACAGCAGUGCUCGGACUUCACCCAACCUCACUCCAUGCACAUCUCCGUACCAAAUGUCACCGUCAACAAGCAAUUACAACUCAACCUACCUCAACGAGUACCAACAAAGACAGGAUUACAACGUCCUAGAUCUGAACAAUCCGGACUACUACAGGAUCAGCAACCCGGAUUACAGGUAUUAUCGAACGAAUAGGUUAUUAGAGAAUAAUUUAGAUACGGUCCAACCGUCAACCAGUAUGGCUGUGAAACGGACUCUCGAUAACAGAGAGUUAGAAAUUGAAAGGAAAAGAUAUCGCUUGACGACACAAAUGUCUCAAGCUGUACUUUGAUUGUUCCUAGUCUGUACUUGUAGUGGUGGAUAGUUGAUAAGAUUUAUGGUACGGUCAAACUUUUAAAUUUAACUUUAAAAUAUUUUUAUUCUUGUUUUUUCCUAUCUUCCUUUACAUUAAUAUAGAACACAAAUGGUCGCUGGUUCGACCAUUUUAUCCAUCGUUUAAGUCCAUCUUAUUCAUUAAAAGUUCAACCGCUUAUUAUAAUCUGUUUGAUCGAUUUUAGCCAUGGCGACCAUUUAAAGUAAGCUUUCUUUUUGUCUCAGUUUUUGUAUUACACACAGGGUGACUUUUAAUACAUUGACAAUAUUUUGUCGACAUGCUCAGUCCAUGAUUCUGAACAACUUUUAGUAUGGGGGUAACUCCGAAAUCGCGAAUAAAAAAUUUGCUGUUCCAUCUAUACAAAAUUAAAAUGUAUGGAGCCGCAGAUGUUUUUUUUUUUUCGCGAUUUCAAGGUUGCUUCCAUACGAAAAGUUGUUCAGUUCCAUGAAUAAAGUCGGACCAUCAUUUCAGCCCUUCGUCUUUCAUUUGUACCGGAUCAGACUAAAAUUUAAAUAAAUUAAUCAUAACAUGCGGUAGAACUUUUUUAUGGAUACGAGAAUGUGUACACUGUUUGAAGUUAAAUUGCAUUAAAAUAUUUUGUCAUUUGUUAAAUCUUUUUGCAUGCCGACCAUACUUGUUUAACCAGUAUAUUACCAUAUACUUAAUCCAUAUUAUCUCAUACAUGUGUUACUCUAUCCAUCACUACAAUAUAUCCAUAUUCAUGAAUGCUUUCUGAUUUAAAGACUGCAUUUAAGCGAUUUGUUGUACUAUAUAGUGGGAUAAAACGAGGCGUGACGGCAAAAACCAAAACUGCUUCUAAUUAGCUGAUUGGGAUAAGUAUAUAUGUUACGUUUAACGGGUUUUUUACCGUAGUUAGUGCGGCUACACCUAGGUAUAACCAACGAAGACUUGUUGCACCUGGGUCCAGCCGAAAUGAUAAAGGCUAAACUUAUGUUUGACCUAAGUUUAUUAGCAUUUCGGCAGGUGCAACAAGUCUUCAUUGGUUAAACAAUUGACAUUUGAGUCAACAUUGACAAUUGAGGCCGGUAAAAUUUUGAAAUGAUCUUAACUAUGCCACUUACCCCAAGUGUCAUGAUUUACUAAUAUUUUCACAGCCCAUUCGUGAAUAUGGAAAAUGAUAUAUCGAUCGAGCGAUUAAUUCACGAUCGAAUUAGUUUAUAUAGACUCGUUUUCUAAAAUGUUUAUUUGUGCGUUUAUUUGUAGCUCGAAGGGAUCUUGUCUUUUAUACUCUUUAUUUCAAUAAUAGACAAAUCUAAACGUAGAAGAAUAGUUUGUUUUUAUAGGAACGGGAGAUUCAACGAAUUUUUUGCGGCUGCAAUAACGAAAUAAAAUGGUCCAGAUUUAUUUUGUACUCUUAAAGACAGUAUGAAAAUCUAAUGAAUUUUCAUUAAAAAUAUGUUCUUUCCUGAAAUAAAUACUUCUCGCCAGUUACCUAAUAUGCCUUAUUCAUAAAAGUUAACUAACACUUAAAACGUCUUUUAAUUAUAUGUUUUGACCGAUUGCCAAUAUUUCAUUCCGUAAAAUUUUAUUACCGCGUGGUAAUAAAAUUUGGUAAUAAGUGUGCGUACACUCGUUACACAUUAAAAUAUCAUUAUUUCCAUUUGUAUAACUGACCGUCCAUUUUACAUUUUAAAAAAAAACUUCAAUCAAUCAUCAACUUUCUGCGACGGUAUUCCCGAACCGAUACAAGUUGACAAACAUUUUUUAACUAAAAUACGUUUGAAGCAUUUGUAAACUUUUUAUAAAUAUGUAUAUAUACUAUUAUGUAAUUUUUAUUACCUAUUCGAUAUAUAAUUUUAAAAUAUUAUGCAUUAUUAUUAUUUGUGAAUGGUUUUUUUUUCCCAUGCAACACAAACUAGGACUUAAAAAUCGAGAGGCGAGCCAUCAAUCCAUUUAUUUCUGGAAAAGUACAAGAUCCCUGUUGACACAAGUUGUAGCAAUAAACAUAAAUGUGAGGUAAAUGUAUAUAACCUCAUUUAGUAAUCGUGGUCUAACGUGUAUUUAAACCUUAUUUAAUAGUUAGAAAUAAAGUUUAAUAUAUCAGUGAUAACACCAUCUCAUAGUAUGAAAAUAAUCAUAUGACUGUUAUACAUUUUUCUUUUAUAUCUUUUAUGUGAGAGUUUGAAUUAUUAAUGACCUAAUGCAUUAUUUAACGAUUUAAAAGAUGGUGUUAUAUAGUCAUAAUUACUAAAAUAGAACAACAUAUACAAAACGAAAAAAAAAUAAUUAAAAACGUAAUUUUGGUCGCCGGGAUUUUUCUCUUUUACCUUGCUAAUUUAUUUUCUUUAUCAAUUGGUGGAACACAUUCAUUCGAGAAAUGCAUUAAAAUUUACACAGGUAUAUAAAAUAAGUUUAAUCUGACCCUUAACUAUGACCAAGAAAAAUGUGUACACACAACAUGACAAGCAUUUGUGAAGAUAUAACAUAUUAAAAAUCAUUAAAACUUUUUGAAAUGAUUGGAAUAAACUCAUUAUAAAAACAAUAAAAAUCAAAACUAAAAGAAGAUACAGAAAAUAUUGGGUUAUUAUUGCAGUGGCGAUCAAAAUGUACUCGAAGGCUCGAGUUUUGUAUUUUUUUGGUUGUAUCUAUGUAGUAAUCAGAAAAUUAAUAUUAAAGUAUUGGACAAUUUUGUAUUUGAUGUUUUGGGUUAAGGUGAUAACAUUUGUCAAGUCGCGAGCUAUAAUUUCGCAAUAAAAAAAGUUGGGAUUUGCAUAGCUUACAUUUUUACCCGACCACCGAAAGAGGUUGCUGUUUUGAAAUACUUUAUCCGAAAUAGCAUAAUUCAUAGGACAACUAAAUUAUGUUUUCUUUUUAUGUGUGCUGUUUUGGACGAAGAGCGGUUGUGAUUAUGAUCUAUUGUUUUAAUUUAUUAUCUCGUUAGUAUAAUUUAGUUUCGUCAUUAGUCAAAUUUAGCCUAAGUUUUCUACCAUAAGAGGAUUUGUCACAUUUUGACAGGUCUGUUACUAAUCAAAAUGCAAGACAUAUUUGAGAGAGACGAGUAGACACUAUCGUAUAGUCUUACUGUAUACUGUCUAAGUUCGACUAAAUCGUAAACUGAAAUUACAAGUCGGAUUUUUAAUUCACAGAAAUACUGCAUCAAUAUAACGUGAUAAUAAAGUAGUAGUUGUUGUUAGUUAUUGCGUUUAAAUCGUCGAAUCGAUUCUCAAACACACAUAAAAAUUAUCGAAUUAAACAUCCGACUAUUUUUAUCUGUCAUAUGGAACAGAAUCUUUAAAAAUUUAUUGCUCAGUUUUAAACUAAGUCUGUUACCUAUUUUAUUUUUUACAAAGAUUCCGUUCCAUUUUCAAAUUAUUUUUUUAAUAAACCCGCAUUGAUUCGGGUUUCUUAUUUUCUUAUUUUUUUUUAUCGACUAUUUUUUAAUUUGCUGUUAGUUAUUUGAAGGUUGUUGCGCGAGAGCGACAUUGUUCUGUUUUUCAAUCUAAAGUUACCAAUAUUAUACGUCCAUUUUGUUUGUUAAAUGUGUACUUAUCGACCUAAAUUGUGUAUUAUAUAUUUAAAAUGUCAUUGGUAGUUAGUACCCUGUUCUGCAGCUUUUACAGCAUUGAUUUUAUAUCAACGUCAAACACAACACAUCUUAAUGAUUCCAACAAGUACUCUAAAUCUAAACGACGUUUUAAAACUAUUAUCAACCAAUUUUAAAUUAUAAACACAAUACAAUAUUAAUAUUGUGUAAUUAAUUAUGCUACCUUAGCUACCCAGCUGUAGGACCUAUUUAAAGUGCUUCCAAUGUAAUGCCUGAAGAAAAAAUGUAGUAAAAUAAUCUUUUGUAUUCAAUUAAACCUUAUUACCGAGACAUAAAGUUAAAUUUUUAAUGGUAAUACACGCCUUUAAAUUAUAAUUUCAAAUAAUGUGUGUGAUAAAUAUUGUUAAAGUUGGAAGCUAAGCAAAACAUUAUAUAGCACUGUUGAACGUAAAAAGUGAAUGAAUGAAUAAUUACUUAUUUAUAUGAUGCAAAUAAUAAUUCAUUCAAUCAUUCAAAAAAGUAUAUGAUUGAAGACUGAGGAUAGGUAGGCAUAUUUAAAUUGAUAUUUUGUAGUAUUAAUGUGGGUAGCAAAUUAUUAUUUUUUUAUGUCAAAUAAUUUGUACACGCCGAUGGAAUCUGUAACUACUUUGUUACUUUUUCAUAUUUGUACAAAUUAUUAAACAGUGAAAUCAGAAAUAAAAUAUGUAUGUAUUCACAUAAGUGUACAUUGUAUAGAUUGAACCCAUAUUAAUACUUAGAAAUAAUAGUAUACGAGGACCUAUGAUUGGUACUGGACUGAUUGAUAAAUUUUUGUACUCUAUAGACGCAUUAUAAACCUUGAAAUAAAUACAUAUUUAAUAA